AUUCAUUUUGGCUCUAAAUUUUACGCGCCAUAUAUGAAUAGAGCUCAUUCAUACCCAAUGUUGAUGUUGAUAAUGUAUUGAAUGUAAAAUUCUAUUUUUAAACGCUUUGUUUUUAAGAACUUAAUAAAAGAUGAGCACAUCACAAGAAGCAGAUUUACUCUGCUUGUAUAACGUCAAGUCUCCUCCAGUAGCUUUCACGAAAGAAGAACAUCAAGAAGAGACCAGGUAUAUUUGCAAGUUUCCAAAAAGUGCCAAAAUUGAAACAUUGAUGAUAUUGACUCAAGGGUUUUGGAAUGACAGCCAAGAGAUGAUCAUUGAUGUUGACAUUGUUAAAGGCAAGACAAGGAACAAACUCUGUUCUCUAAACACUUCUCAGCGAUGUUUCCAGUGGUCAGAGUCUGCCAGUUCUAACUCUUGUACCUUGAAAUCUCUCAAUAAAUGUUCCCUUGUUGCCAGCAUUAAUAAUAAGUCUGACGCUACUACCAAAGUCUUUGAACCAGUGCAAGAUUCCAUUGUUUCAAGUCCAGUGCUGACAAAAAUCAAAGAGUCUGAUAACAUACAGAAAGAAAACGAAACGACGCCCAAAGCAGAAAAUAUGCUGAGUCAGUGCCGUUCCCCUCUUCCUGUUAAGCCAUCAAAACGCAAGUAUGAGGAUGAAAAUACACCAAAGCCUAAAACAAGACGCCAGAGAGCUUCGAUGAAUGCUCCCACUGUUGACAGAACACCACCUUGCAAACAAAAACUUCUUGAAGCCAAGGACUUGAACACAGUCCAAGCAUUAAAAAAGACGUCUCCCUGUAAAGAAGUUAGCAAAGAAGGAAAAAUAACUCGGUGUGUUGACCUUUCAGUCCGAGCUCUGAAACCCAGUAACAGAUGGGGACAUACAAUGACGCUUGUUAACAGUAAACAGGCAGUGAUUAUUGGAGGUCAAGGUGACAAGCAGCUGAGUCGAGACUCUGUCUGGUAUCUUGACCCAGAGAUGAGGUCAUGGAAGUGUCCAGAAAUCCAAACAGAAGGAGCCAAACCAGAGUAUAGGAUGGGUCACAGUGCCACAUAUGAUCCCACUGUCCGGUGUAUCUAUGUUUUCGGAGGUUCUAAAAAUGCCAAAUGGUUUCAUGAUGUCCAUAUGUUUGAUUUGGAUGAAAAGAAAUGGACACUGGUGAAGGCCAAUGGCAAAGCGCCAACAAGAUCUUAUCACAGUGCCACUUUGUACAGACAUGAGCUCUGGAUAUUUGGAGGUGUUUUCCCUCUACCAGACCCACAGCCAGAUGGUUGUGACAAUGAAAUUCAUAUCUUCAGCCCUGUGAUGGAAAAUUGGUAUAAGCCAAUUGUUACAGGAGAGAAGCCCCUACCUCGUUCAGGGCAUUCAGCAACACUUCUCAAUGACCAACUGGUUAUAUUUGGAGGCUGGGACUUUCCUUUCUGUUACAAUGAUCUCUUCAUUCUAGAUUUGACUACUGUUGAUUGGUCAUCACCUAAAUGUACUGGUCAGCCACCCAAGCCUCGUUGUUGGCAUGCAUCUUGUGCUUUAACCAAUGAUAGAAUUUUCAUUCAUGGCGGCUAUGAUGGUGAUAAUGCUCUCUAUGAUGCUUAUAUAUUUCAUCUCGAAAAUAAAAACUGGCAGAGAUUGGCUGUAGAGAAUGCCCCGUCACCAAGGGCUGGCCAUGGGUGCUUUCGCUUGCCCUCAAACUAUGAGUCACAGGAAGAAGAUGAGAUCAUAAUAUUUGGAGGCGGUGACAAUGAUGGCACAUACUUCAGUGACCUGCUUGCAUUUUAUGUCCCAUUCAAACCCAAAGUGUACAUAGAGGCUGAAUAGACUCUCUACUCCAUGUGCCUUACCUAAUGUCCCUCUAUAUAUAUGUACUAACCAAGUUGUUCUUUCUUGUAAGGUGGGGAUUUUGUUAUAAAUUAACAGAAUCUACAGACUGUAGCAAAUAGUACAGGCCACCCUUCUUUCUUGUUUUCAUACAAAAAGAACACAAAUGUUGAAUCCAGCCAUGUAUUUACAAAUAAACUAGUAGAGUUUUAAAUUCAAGAAAACCUUGAUGUAUACAAUGGACCUCAUUCACCAAUCGUAAACAAACAACAUUUAGCCACGUGGUACUCUAUAUCUUCUAUAUAAUUUACGAUCUAAUGUUUAAUUCAUGAUGGUUGUCACGUGACAGGUUUUUUUUUCUCGUUCUUUUAUCAAUAAGAUCACGUGACUAAAUGUUUGUUUACGAUUGGUGAAUGAGGUCAAUUCUGUUCAUGUAUAAUUACUGUAAGUGAGCUAUAUGAGGAUGUUUUGACUUUUUCUUUUAUGGAGUGAAAUUUUCAUGUAAUAUUUUAUUUUACAUCUUUGUUGUAAGAAUCAAAGGGACACUACUUUAGAGGCAGCACUUGUAUACAUGUUUAAUUUGCAUUUUUUUUUUUUGUUCUUUUCACAUUUGGUUUACUUAGUUAUGUUCUUUGGUUUGCUAAUUAAUCUUUUUUUAAUUUGGCUCUUUUUUUUUUUUUUUUUUUUUAAACUUAAAGUACACCAGUGAGUAUGUUAAAUUGUCUUGUAUUCUUAAAAUGUAACUUAAAAUGUUAAUCUGCAUCUCUCUACUAUAUAAUGCAGAAAUGGUGUGGAUAAUACUGCCCAAUGUAUAUUUUUAUAACUGUAUUAGCUUCAUGGUAAAUCCUAACUGGCCCAUUGUAUUUUAAUGUAUUAUCUCUUCAUGCAAUAAAUUUUGACGCUACAUUGGA